GCUGGUCACCAUGGCGACCACAAGCAAUGGAGAGGCUGAUAAAGGAAGCGUCUCUCUCUCUCUCUCUGUCCAUCAGCAGCAGCGCCUGUGCAGAUGUUGUGUGUUUAUCUCUUGUUCUGUGGUGAUGACAGCCGGAUCUGGAUCUGGAUCUGCUGGGUUUAGUGUUGUCUGAUGGCCUGUGUUUGCGGAGAUGACGCGUCGCGUUGCUGUGCGUCGUGUCGUCGCGUUUUUGACGUCGCGCUGAUUCUGCCCUGUUCUCACACACUGUGCGCGCGCUGCCUGGCAGAGGGGGCGGGGUCUGGUCGGGGCGGGGGCGUGGUCAUGGGCGUGGCCCCCGCCUCUCGUUUAAUCUGUGCCGUACUGUGUCCGAACUGUCGUCACAGCGUCGAGCUGCCCUGCUUUGAUUGGUCGUCUGCUUUGACCUGUCUGCCCUUUGACCCCACAGUGACCCCUGACCCUAAAGCUAGCGAGGAGACGGAUGGCAGUGUAGAUCUUUCUGAAGAGGAAAUGGAGAGCUCAGUUACAGGUCUGGUGUUCACUCUGGAUUCGUCGCGCUCUGAUUCGCCGCUUCGCCUCUCAGGCUCCGCCCUCUCCGUAAGCAUCACGGGUCAGGUGUGCUGUGAGGAUGAGCGGAACGACCCGCCUCCACUGCCUCAGGUGUGCGGGAGCGUGAGCGUCUCCAGAGGACAGUAUUACUGGGAGAUCGACGUCUGCAACAGCGCCCUCUAUAGGAUCGGUGUGAUAUCAUCAUGUGAUGGGCGUGGCUGGUGGUUGGAGAGGCGUGGCCUAGCAUAUCACGCGGUGUUUGACGGACGCCGUGAGCUCCUCCCCUUUAUUCCUCCUCACCUGAAGACAGUGGGUGUGUUUCUCAAUGUGGGCGGGGCAUCAAUCACCUUCCACAAUCCUGUCACUCAAGAGUUUCUUGCCGCUGUCCCCUCCCACUUUAGUGUUCCUCUCCGUCCUGCUCUCCAAUUGGGCCAGGGAAGACUCAAGCUCCGCCCCGGCCUGCCGCCGCCCAAUCACGUGUUUCUCAGCCCCAGCUCCACCUAUCGGGGUCCAGGAGGGGCGGGGUCUGGGCGCUGGAGGCGGGGCCUGUCGUUCGGGUCCGUGAGGGCCGUGGUUCAGAAGUUCGAGGAGAUGUCGACCGUGUCGGACUCAGACUCGGGUCUCGUUUCCAGUGUCGGGUCGCUGUCUGAACACAACACCAGUACAGAAUAACAACAUCACGAACAUUUAUUGACGUCCUGCUUCUGCUGGGAAGGAGUUUUCUACUGUUAUCUAUUUAUAUUCAGUGUUCGUUUCGAAUGAUGAUUGAGAAUUAAACACACAUCUGGACUGACACACUAUACAUGCACAAUAAAUACUGAUCAAACGUUUUGGAUCGGUAAGAUCGUUUUUUAAAAGACGUCUCUUCUGCUCACCAAGGCUGCAUUUAUUUGAUU